AUGGAUAACAUCGAAAAAGGGCGGUGUUCCGCUUUCGCUGCCACAUCGACUUCUUCAUACGAAAGUGAGAAGGAGAAAGAGAAACAGAAGGAGAAGCAGAAAGAGCAUGAAAUAGAAGACGAAAAAAAGAAGGAGAAAGACAAAGUGAAAGAGAAAGAGAAGGAGAAGAAGGAGAAAGAGACAGAGAAGAAGGAGAAGGAGAAAGAGAAAGAGAAGGAGAAGAAGGAGAAAGAGAGAGAGAAGAAGGAGAAGGAGAAAGAGAAAGAGAAAAAGAAAGGGAAUGAGAAAGAGAGAGGGAGAAGGAUAAGCAGAAAGAGAAAGAAAAAGAGAAAAAAAUAG